AGCUGCAGAACUUUCUUAAUUGCUUCUUUUCGUUCAAUUAAUUUGUUACAUUUUUUAAAAUGUCGCCCAAAGCUCUUAACAUUGGUGAUCCGUUUCCCAACUUUGAGGCUCAGACCAAUCUGGGAAAAAUAGAUUUCUAUGACUGGAUGGCCGACAGCUGGGCCAUCCUCUUCUCGCACCCGGCAGAUUUCACGCCCGUGUGCACCACAGAGCUUGCACGGGUUGCCCAAUUGAUUCCGGAAUUUCAGAAGCGCGGCAUUAAACCGAUUGCUCUGUCCUGUGACACGGCAGAGUCCCACAACGCUUGGAUCGAGGACAUCAAAAGCUAUGGCAAGCUGGCAAGCUUCGAUUAUCCCAUUAUUGCGGACGAUAAGCGCGAGCUGGCUGUCAAGUUGAAUAUGCUGGACAAGGAUGAGCUGAAUGCUGCGGGCAUACCGCUCACCUGUCGCGCCGUCUUCGUUAUAGACGACAAGAAGAAGCUGCGUCUCUCUAUUUUAUACCCAGCCACAACUGGUCGCAAUUUCGAUGAAAUUCUGCGCGUUGUCGACUCGCUCAAGUUGACACAAACAAAGAGCGUGGCCACGCCCGCGGAUUGGCAGCCGGGCGGCCAGUGCAUGGUGCUGCCCACAGUGCAGGCUGCCGAUGUGCCGCAGCUUUUUCCUAACGGGGUGGAGACGAUCCAGGUGCCCUCGGGCAAAAGCUAUUUGCGCAUCACUGCUCAGCCGCAGAACUAGAAGUAUUCCAUGACAGCCGAAUUGUGAUAUUCUGCAUUUUACAUGACUUUAUUACAAAAUUAUAAUUAACAACAAAUCAAAUUGUUUUACAACCAUUUGCCCCAGUCUCUCAGGGAAGAGGCAACGCUGUGGGACCAAGCAAAAGCGCGCCCAGCCUGGGCAAAAUGCACAAAACUUUUGUCUUACGAACUAAACAUGUUGAUCGGGGAAGGGGAAUGUGCCACUAAUAGCUUAUGUGUGCUCGUUUGUUACAAACAUAAAAAGUACAUAUACACACAGACUACAUAUAAAAUAUACAUAUUGCAACUGGAUAAUCUUAAGAAACUAAA